AUGGAAUCGGAUUACAACUUUGGGCCGCCAUCGGCCUACGGCGGAAGUCAGUCUGGCAGCGACUACGGUUUCGAUACCGCGAGUGGGAAUGGAAUACAUGGAAGGGUCAACUAUGCACCGGCGCCUACGUCCAUGCCAAACUUCGGUGGGCUAGACAAUGGCGUAUUCCCUUCGCCUCCGACACAAGGCGGCGCAGGCCUGCAAGAUAGGCAAUCGCCAACGAUUGGAAAUCGCCAUCGGCUCAGCGUUGGAAGCAGUGGGCCGUUCCCCAAUAAUGUGAGGCAGCAUAGCCUUGGCGGCUCAGACAGCACGAGUCCCACAGGUCAGGCGCAGUUUGGCAGCGACACAAUGAACGACAAUCAAUUCGGAAGCGAAAAUGCUGACCCGAGUCAAUCCACUGGGGACAACAGCAAAUCAGAACAAGUCGAUGGGGGUACUGCGCCUGCAUGGAGUGAACUGAAGACCAAGGCUGGCAAAGAGCGAAAGCGGUUGCCAUUGGCUUGUAUUGCAUGCAGAAGGAAGAAGAUCCGAUGCUCCGGGGAGAAGCCAGCCUGCAAGCACUGUCUACGAUCACGAAUUCCAUGCGUGUACAAAGUCACGACUCGAAAAGCGGCUCCACGAACAGACUACAUGGCGAUGCUGGACAAGCGGCUGAAAAGGAUGGAGGACCGUGUGAUUAAGAUCAUACCCAAAGACGAACAAGGAAUCCUCAGUACCACAGGGCGAGCUGUGGUAAAGCCGCCCCUUGCUCCUGCUCCGCCUAAAGCAGGUGGUUCCGCGAGAAAGCGAGGCGCAGAGCAGGCUUUUGGCGAUGAACUUGAAGAAUGGGCAUCUGGUCAGAAAGAAGGGCCUGCCAGCAAAGAGCAAACGACAGCCCCGGAAGACAAGGAAGCAGCGAAACCCAAAGACCCUGAAGAGCAGAAUCUCCUCCUUGAGGGUGCCGACAAACUCCCUCCUAAAGACCUGCAGGAGCAUCUGGCCGAAGUCUUCUUCGAUUAUGUCUAUGGUCAAAGCUACCACCUACUGCAUAAGCCCAGCUUCAUGCGAAAGCUUUCUCAGGGAACCGUUCCUCCCGUUUUGAUGUUGGCGGUCUGCGCCAUAUCUGCACGUUUUUCGAACCAUCCAUCCGUCCGUACUGAUCCUGCAUUCCUGCGCGGUGAGAGCUGGGCUAGCGCUGCUCGAGACAUUGCGCUGCGAAGAUACGAUACCCCAAACAUCACGAUCCUGAUCGUCUACUUGAUUCUUGGACUUCAUGAAUUCGGUACCUGCCAAGGUGGCAGAUCAUGGAUGUUCGGCGGAAUGGCACAGCGCAUGGCGUAUGCGUUACAACUACACAGGGACUUGGAUCACGAUCCAAAGGACCGGUCGCAAAGCGAGAAGAACGAAAUCACAUUCACGGAUCGUGAGAUUCGAAGGCGGACGAUGUGGUCUUGCUUUUUGAUGGAUCGAUUCAACUCCAGUGGGACAGACAGACCAAUCUUCGUUGGCGAACAAUACAUCCGGGCGCAGCUUCCCGUCAAGGAGAGCUUUUACCAAAUGGAAAUCAAUGGACCUACCGAAGACCUCGAGGGAUCAGUGCCAAAUCCGGUCGAACCAGGAAAUGGAGAAUUAUCGGAUGCGAAGGAGAAUAUGGGAGUGGCGGCGUAUCUAAUUCGUCUGGUCGCCAUCUGGGGCAAGCUCAUCAACUACCUCAACCAAGGCGGGAAAGAGCGUGACGAGCAUCCCAUGUGGUCGGAAGAGUCAAGUUUCUACGACAUCAAGCGGGCGACAGAGGCGUGGAAGGAAUCUCUACCACCAGCCUUACACUACAACCAGGAGAACCUUCAGAACCAUGCUUCAGAAAAGAUCGCCAAUCAAUUCCUCUUCUUACACAUUGUGUACAACCAGACUCUGCUCUUCAUGAACAGGUUCGCUCUUCCUACUCCAGGAUCGCGGUCAAUAUAUCCAAAGGAUAUGCCAGAACCUUUCAUCGCCGAGGCAUCACGAACAGCCGUCGAAUCUGCCAAUCAAAUCUCCGCACUCAGCCAUGAAGCGAUGGAUCACCUGGUAGUGGCGCCAUUUGCAGGAUAUGCUGCCUUCUUUAGUAGCACAGUCCAUAUACAUGGUGCGUUCUCGAAGAACGCACAGCUGGAAGCCUCCAGCAAGCAGAAUCUGGCGUGGAACGUCAAGUACCUGACGAAAAUGAAGAAGUAUUGGGGCAUGUUCCACUUCGUGACGGAGAAUCUGAGAGACUUAUAUCGAAGGCACGCCGACGCUGCUCGUCUGGGUGGAAGAGCUGGCAAAGAGGGCGAGCAAGCUAUCUUCCAGUAUGGCGACUGGUUUGAUCGUUAUCCCCAUGGUGUCAGUGGGACCGACUACGAAGAGCCGAGCGCAGAGAUCAAGAAAGAACCGGGCUCUGACGCUGUGCUAGGCCAGAAGAGUGACCUGCAGACUGUGGAAGAGUUCUUCUCCAAACUCAGUCCUCCAAGCCGAGCUACGCAAGCUAUGCAACAGCAACAAGCAGCAAGGAAGACGGCUAAGAAGCGACAUUCAAGGGUCGAGAGUAAAGCCACGACAUCCCAGCAACAACAAACUCAAGAGCAAAGCGGUGCUCAAUCAUCACAGCAACCAGCCUCGGAGCAGCAGGUCACUCACGACUUGGCGAACACUCAGUCAUUCCCAACUGGCAUGGACAACUUCUCACAGCCAAACUCCGGUUUCCCUCCAGGCUUCCAAGCAUCCAACAUGAUGUCCGCGCAACAGUACCUCCCCCAACUCGACCGCCAAAUGGUCCUCAACUCGUACGGCAACGCCAACCAAAUGAACAUGAGCAACGUCGCUCUCCUCGACAACAUGGGCGCCACCAAUCUGGACAACUUCGACUGGAACGCCUUCGCUGCCAACAACACUGCCAACCAGAACAACAACGGCUUCUGGGGCGAUCCCUCGACCGCGUGGUUCAUGCCGUUCAAUAUGGAUCCGCCGACGAUUGGGGAGGAUAGUAACACUAGUAUGUUUGGGGGCAAUCUCGAUUGGCCGAAUCAUUUUGCGGGGUUUGGGGAUAUGGCUGCCAUAGGGCCGACGGGGUUGACGCCGGGUCAGGCUGUUGAUGUGGAUACUGGGCAGGAUGAGAUGGCUGGGGGUUCUGGUAUGGGCGUGGAGGGAUUUGAUCAGAUGUAG